UUUCCUGGUUGCCGUACAAUGAAAUAUCUGUAUUUAUAAGGGUAAACGAUCUCUAUCUUAUUAUGGCGACUUCAUCUUUAAAUUGCGGUGUUUGUGAUCUCCGUCAUAUUUCCAAACUUUCUGUGGUCUGGUGUACUGAAUGUGAUGAAGGACUUUGCGAAGGUUGUCAGGAACACCACAGUUUAUCUAAAGGAACUCGAAAUCAUACCGUCAUACCAAUUAACGAAUAUCAUAAAUUACCUAGUGAUGUAGUAAAGAUUAGUCAGUUCUGCGACAAGCACGAUGAAAAAUUCAGUAUUUACUGCAAGAUGCAUGAAUGUCCUUGUUGUAGGAACUGCAUCGUAGAAAGUCACAACAAAUGCCAGCAAUUUUCGAAAUUAGAAGACGUCAUUAAUAACGUCAAAUCGUCAAAUGCAUUCUAUGAGAUUGAGCAGACAUUAGAGGAAGUCGCUGAAAAUAUUGAAAAAAUCCGACAGGACCGACAAAACAAUCUGAAAACUUUACCUGAGACUCGGAAGCAGAUUGAGAAGGAAAUCCAAAAGACCAAAUCAGCAAUCAAUGAUCAUAUCGACAAAAUACAAGCAGAUAUAAUAAAGGAGCUAUAUGCAUCGGAAGACAAGGAGAGUAAAAAAAUCCGUCAACUGUUAAAUUCUUUAGAGGAUAAACAACAAGAGAUUUCGUUAUUGCAGAGGAGUAUUUCAGAUAUCAAACAGCAUGCGUCGGAUCUUCAGACUUUUGUGUCAAUGAAACGAAUUGAAAAGGAGGUAUCUGGCAAAAAUGAAUACCUUAAUUCAAUAUCCAGUAACGAGAAUUUGAAGCAGAUUGUUCUGUCAUUUAAUAUCAACACUGCAAUUCAAAAUCUCAUAUCCGGUAUCCCAAAUUUUGGAAAGAUCAUGGUUGAAAGUAAACUGUCCGACAUUGAGCUUAGCACGAACAAACAAAAGCAAGCUCAAAUGAUGGUAACAGAAUUACUAUCAAGAUCGUUUGAAAAUAUCAGUCUAAAGUUACAACAGACCAUAAACACAAUCAUACACGAAAACACUACUGGUACAUAUCUGCUACCAGAUGGACGGAUGGUAUUAUCCAACAAUGCUCUAUUCGGUGAUACUGUAAUCAUGCUGAACGCAAAUGGAUCACUGGAUUUUCGUGUGAAAAUGUCGAGAAGAGCGUUUGAUGUAACACACAUUACAAAAAACAAUACUUUGGCUGUAUCAUGUGGUGAUUCUGGUUACAAGUGUAUUUGCAUUAUUGACAUGCAAAACCAAAAAGUCGAGAAAACUAUUUCUGUAAAUGGGUAUAAUUAUGGAAUAACAUAUAAUGGAUCCAAUUUAGUUUAUUCUGGGUCUUAUCAAGGAAUUCGAAUGAUCAAUCCAAAUGACGAGAGAGUAAGCGAUAUAGUCGGAGGGGAAAUGCCACCUUACUGCUAUGUAACAACAUUUGGCGACAAACUUUAUCAUACAAAUCCGGAGGAGAACACCGUUACAUGUUAUGAUCUACAUGGUGAAAUACAAUGGAGAUUUCAAAAUGAAAGCGUUUUGCAGACACCAAGAGGUAUCUCUGUCGAUAAUGAUGGUAAUAUCUACGUUGUAGGAGAUUACUCAAACAAUCUUAUAAUGAUCUCUCCCGAUGGAAAACGACACCGACAACUGUUAUCUCGAAAGGAAGGUCUCUCUCAACCAUGGUCGAUUCAUUUUAGUAAGAUCAGAAAUACGUUGAUUGUUGCGAAUAAAACAGAAAAAGUAUUUUUAUACUCUGUUAACUGACAUAUUUUUUUUAGUUAUGAUCUAGUAACAUGACAUGCAAUUUAAAGUAUAAUGCAAGUAUUCAACUUGCAACAAAUGUCUUGAUGCUAGAUUGCUUGUAAGGAUGGAAUGUGAGUUAAGCAGGUGGUCCUAUAGUCGUUAUUCAAUAUGCAACCGGUUGCU